CCGCUACUCCGAGAAAAUGCUUCUUCUCAUCAUCGCUGACCAGUCCGCUGAAGUCAUCAGCGUCACCACCACAGCGACAAUCGUCAUCGUCAUCUUCAUCCUCAACAUCGUCUGCCCUGAAGCUGGGUCUAUCUAAUCUACCGACUCGAGAAAAGGUGCCCUGCCCGACGAUCACGUCAUUCUUCACUAAGAGUUCACUCAAGAAAACCAUCUCCAUUGGUGGUGGUGGUGGUUGCACGCCCAAGAAGUUGAUUCUAUCACCAAGAAAAAUCGCUUUCACUAGUAACAACAACAAUAAUAACAGCAACAACAGCAACAAUAAUAACAGCAACAAUAAUAAUAAUAAUAACAACAAUAAUAAUAAUUCUUGUAGUAUUGGUUGUAGUAGUAGUAGUAAUGAUAAUAAUAAUAAUAUUAGCUCCGCUAGAUGUCUGAUUUCAAGAAAAGAUUCUUUGAAUUCUUCCAUUAUUACUACUACUACUGCUGCUACUAAUACUACCACUACUACUACUACUACUACUAAUAAUAAUAAUAAUAAUAAUGAUAAUAAUAAUAACAAUAAUAAUAAUACUAAUUAUAAUUAUAAUAAUAGGAUGAAUAAAAAUAAACUGAAUAAUUUAGUUUCUUCUAUCGGGGAUGGUACUGAAAGUGUAGCUGAUGUCGGGAGUAAGAGAUGCUUGAAGAGAAAAUGUUUUCCCGUCGAUGAUGAUGAUAGUGAUGAUGGCAAUAAUAAUAAUAAUAAUAAUAAUAAUAAUAAUAAUAAUAAUAAUAAUUAUAGUAAUAAUAAUAGUGAAAAUGAUGAUGGUGAUGAUGUUAAAGUUUUAAGAACAUUUCAGCUGAAGAAGAGAAAGUUGUUAUUUGAUGAAAAUAAUAAUAAUCUUGGUGAUAAUAACAACAACAACAACAAUAAUAAUAAUAAUAGUAAUAAUAAUAAUAAUAGUAGUAGUGAUAAUAGUAGUAAUAAUAAUAAUACAGAAGUUAUUGAUAUCACAAAUGAUGAGGAAUGUGAUGAAGAUGAUGACGAUUGUCUGAUUAUUAAUGAUAAUGAUGAAAAUUCAGAUCCUUCACCGUCAUCAUCAUCAACCACUUUGCCAUCAUUAUCAUCAUCAACCACUUUGCCAUCAUCAUCAUCAACCACUUUGCUAUCAUCGUCAUCAUCAGCUACAAAAGCAACUGCAGUGAAGUCUAUAGCUGAUACAAAUAAGAAUAAUUUAAUUUUCUGUAACAACAACAACAACAGCAGCCACAACAACAACAAUUCAAGUGGCCAAAGCAAGAUAAGUGGCCACGACCACAACCACAGUUUUAUAAGUGACCGCGACAACUACCACCACAACAACGACGACGACAGCAGCAGCAGCAGUUGUAGCAACAACAACCACAACAACAGUGUAUCGAAGUUUCUCAGACCAGCUAACUGGCUUGUCGAACUUAGUAGGAAAAAAACACUACAACAACAACACAACAACAACAGUAUUGGCCGUAACAACAACAACAAUAAUAAUACUAAUAAUAGAAAUAAUAAUAAUAUUUCAUCACCAAAAUCAUUUAAUGCCUCUAAGCGCUCUUCAAAGACCAAAAAACAGCCAGCGAAAAACAGAAGUAGAUCAACAAAGUCCUGAAAGAACACACACACUCACGCACACACACACAAACAAACACACACAAACAAACAAACACACACGCAAACACAGACACACACGCACAUUGUCAUGUAUAUAAAAUAUAAAGAAUGCUUCUUGACUCGCCUUUGGCUGGCACAAUUAUCGUCAUAAUUAUCAUUAUCAUUGUUAUCAUUUUGCUAGAAUUCAUGCUUCAUAUAGGAGUGAAUUUUUUUUUACGAUAUUUUUUAAAUUUGCAUAUUGUGAUCACAUAAGUUUGAAUGGGAAAAAAAAUGUUUUUCGUGUUUUUGGCUAAUUUCGAAAGAUUUCUGCCUCUACGUUUGAGGCUGUACAAAAC